CGAGAAACGAAUUUUUAAUUAUCACAUUGGGGAUUUGCGAGCGAGUUGAAAACGAGGCAAACGCGCAACGAUCUCGCCGCGAGCGCGUAACGAUCGCCCACAAAUCGUGAUAAGUCUAGUCUAGAUAAGUCCCUGAGAGCGUGUGUCAAUUUGAACACUUCCCGCUUAGAGCCUUAUCGCUAGUGUGAUAACGCUCACUUCCAUAAGCAUGUAAACUACAUUGGCCUUGCCAAUAACUACACUAAUCCACCUAUCCCAUCCCUGUGGACCUUCUUUUACGCAUAAUUACAAAAAACGCAAAUAUCAACUAAACUACAAUCAUUUUAUACCUACAGCCUCUGUUAAAACCAACACCGGCAACACCUACCCACGAUACGACGUCGUCUCACGUUGCGGCGCCGUGCAACGGUACGGCGUUGUAUCGCGGGGCCAACACAGAUACCCACGAUACGCCGUCGUAUCGUGGGUAUGUGCGUUGGCCCUUAGUUGCACUUAUUACCCUUAGCGACGAGGCCAUCAAGUGACUGACUGCCUGUAAUCUAUAUUUAUAACUGUCUGUAUUCUGUUUUAAACAUUAUGCCAUACGAUUAAAUACAUAAAAGUGGCAAUGAUAUAUUAUUUUAAUUAUAGAAACAAACACCGAAACCUUAUAAGUAUAAGGAAUUACAGUUUCCGACAUAUAAUAUGAAAUUUUCUAAUAUUUCUAUGAAAUUCUAACUUUGUGGAAUUUUUCCGCAAAUUGCACAAUUGCACUUACAUACUUCUGAUUAGGACUUUGUGUUCGUAAUUGUAUUGACAUAAACUAUAAUCAUGAAUGGAAUAAGUAGAACCAGAAAUCAAGUCAGCUAAUAUUUUAAAAACGGUUUGUGGAUUUGAAAGUGUAGACUAAAAAGUUUUAAGUUUAUAAGUAUAGGUACUACAUCAUUGUCUUAAUAAACUAUCAAAUUAUGUGUUUUGGAAAUGCUGCACUUCGACAGAUAUUUUGCCAGACAUCAAAAAGGUUCUACGAUUUUAGAGACAUUCUGUAAAUAGAAGCAUUUGAAAAAGAUGAAUAGAAUACAAACAUUUUUGAUUCCAGAAAGCAACGGCUGAAAAUGGAAAGAGGAACCAAAGAUGGGGGGAAAACCACAACGAUACUGUAUAAGAAAUCUUUGAGUACACUCCGUGGGAGGAAUUCUCGGCCGUCCUCCAUAAGAACCCACAAUUUUCCCAAAAGUGGAACACAUCAUUUGAAACUGCGGACUUCAGGAGAUCACCUAUAUUAUUGCGACGGUACCAAAGUCAAAAGAGACCUCAGCAUCGAAACAGAUGUAUGUAGAAGGAGACGUAACGUCAUAAAUAGAGCAAGUAAAUAUUCGGAUUCUAUAAAAUCCACAUUUGCAGAUGGAGACUCUUGUUGUUGCCUAGAGCCUGAUGCGAAAGCCGUCAAGUUUCAUAAUGUAGACAUUGUGUCACUAAUUGUUGAUAAUUUUAGAGGUUUACUCAAUAAAUGGAUUCGUGAGUACCUUUUAGACAGUUCCGAUAAUUUGCAGAGAAUUGAAGCUAUACGUGAAUCUCUUCUGCAAAAAUUUGAUAAAAAACUAUGUCGAGCUUCAAAAUCUACAUGUAAAAGUAGUUUGGACAGUAGGAGAAAAAGAGUGGGGCGUCAAUAUUUGACAAAAGAUAGCAUACCUAACUGUGAAACUUGCUCAAAUUACACUGUGCCACUACAGAAUAAAAGAUGUGGUCUGAUCUCUUCUCUAAGUCUUCCAAGAAAUAUAAAUAAGCAGAUCAAUGCUUUUAGUAGCAAGAAUAUCUGGGUUCCUUUAAAUAAACAAUCAGAUAUAGCAGAUUCGACUUUAAUUCUAAUUGCAAUGUCGUCUCGGUCGUUUACUAAACGCUGCGCCACUUACAAUGAACCUAAACCUUACAUAGAAAGAAAACGAUCUUUUGUAAACCUUCAAGGAAAAAAAACACUUUACAGAUCGGUGACCAGUGAAGGACCAAUAUUUCUGCGACCUUCAACGGCAAAAGUGGAAACUAUCAGUCUUGUUAGAAAUAUUUAUGGCGAUAGUGAUGUUCAAAUGCAACCCGAAACAAAAAAUGAUAAAGAUACAAUGACUGAUGAGCAUGGUUAUGAAUGUAGGUCAUGCUCUAGAAGUAAUAGCAGCAGGAAGUAUUUAAGAAAAUUAAAAUCGUCUGGCUUAUGUUUAAAUAACAUCAAAUCCAGACAUUUUACGUAUUUGUAUAGAAAAGCAAGCAAAAGGAAUUCACGAAGUAAUGAAUUCAUAAAUCACUUCCAAACAAUAUUAAACUACUUUGAGCAAUACGAAGGGCAAAAAAAUGUAAUACUUGAUGUACAUGUUAACGUCUCACCAGUUGAAAAUCCAGUAUCGUAUCAAGAACACUUAAAUAAAACUUGCAAACAUCAAUUUACCAUUUCACCAAUUAGUAAAGCAAAUUGCGGAUGUUUAGACACUUUAAUGGAAUCCCGGGAAUCAGAAUCCAGUUCGAAAGAUAGUAAAAGUUCUGAAAAUCAUCCGGAGAUAAUAUCACUCUUGGAUGGUUCUGAAAGCAAAGCCAAGUAUAUCGUGGAGAAUGAAAAUAAUUCCGAAGUUGUAGAAAUUGUGGAACCUCAGCAAAUUAAUAAUAAUCCAGAAUCAUCUGCUUCGAAUACUAAUGCAGAAUCCUUUAUUUCGGAUAAUAAAAUAAAUAUCUGUUACCAAAUUGAUUCACUAAAAAAUGUAAUAAAAGGUUUAACAUUGACAGCGGAAAAAUUAAUCAGCGAUCAUAUGCGAGAAAAAACUAAUACUUCAUGUAGGUCAACUCAAGUGGAUGUUUAUCAUUGUCAUGCGGCGGUCGAUACAUUAAUUAAAAGCUUCCCAAAUACAUCAACUCCUAUGAAUUCAAACAAUCAAUCCAGUCAAUCAUAUGCUAUGUGGUAUUCACAGAAUCCUGUGAUAUUUGAUACCGUUCCGGAGAUGACGAAACAAUUGAUGAACGUAGAGAUGGCGAAUUAUAAAACGCCAACAGGAUGUUCGGAUUUAAAAGCUAUACCACAUUCAUCAUCCGUAUGUAAUAAAAACAAUGAUUCGUUCAAGGACUUAAAGCCAGAAGACCAGGAAGACAACUUUUCCAAGUCAAGCUCUAAUCAAUCCAAAGGAAUUCAAUUUUCAUGUAAUAUAGCCGGUAUUAACCCUGGCUUAAAAUUACAGACACAAUCAAAAACCACAAAUCCGUUCCCUAUACUUGUAAAGAAACCUUCAUUCUGUUACAUAGAAAGUGAAUCUCUUCUAAAAGUAACAGACAUGACUUCUAAACCUGAAAUUCCAAUCCCGAAAGCGGUUAAAGAAGUAGGACUUUCUUGUUCUUUUGCUAGUCCUCCUUCACAUUUUGAAAUAAUAGAGGAAAAUGUGGCUCGUAACAUAACACCGUAUACUCGCAGUAGUAUUAAAUUAUAUAGUUGUGGAGAUGGUUUCAGCAAACGUGAAAUCUAUGUAUCUCCCGAGAGAGAACCGCGCUACUCCCAACGUAUACAGAAGACAUCUACAGCCCAAUGUCAAUCUGAAGAGCUUAUGCAACAGUUUCAUAUAAACCAAGAAAGGUCUGAACUGUUAGAUCAAUACGAUCAAAGUGACCAGCUAAAAUCUUCUAAAAACUCGAGGUGCUUAAAAUUUUUCAAGAUAAGUCUCUUCUGUCUUAUACUUUGUGUCCUAGUUGUUGCUGUAACUUUGGUCUCAGUGUACACUGAUAUCAAACAAAUUUGGCAGAGAACGGUAAACAGCAUUUGGACAACGGAAGCUAUUUCGGCAAAAAAUACGUCAGACUUACAUUUAUUACUAUCUGAAUUUGGUUUUUGAUAUUGUUUUGUUUUCGUAAUGAGUAAAUUUUGUUAUUAUGGUUAUGUCCGACUUUUUUUAACAUCCCAACAAAAAUCAGUAUAGCCAUAUUAUAAACUAUUUCUGAAUAUCUUCCCCAAACGAGCUAGUAGUAGGAGAUACUCAGAAACGGGUAUGUUCAAGUAUCUUCUUAUACCUACCCAAAAUAGUUACUAAUACAUUCCUUUGGACUAAUACAUACAAUCGGACAUACUUACGUUUCCAUAUACUCGUACCUAACUUUCUCUUCCAUGAAGAUUAUCUUUAGGAAUAAGUUUUUGGCAAAAAUUUCAUUUUUGGUACAAGCUUUUAAGCUUUGGUACUACUUUUCUUUCCACAGGCAACUAAAAUACCAAAGAGAAUUUGAAAUAGAAGUGUAUUGUCAAAGAAAAUUUUGUAGCCACAGUAAAUGCCACCUUUCGCCUCAUGAUUCAAACUUUUAGAACGCCAUUUGACUUUGAUCCUUAUUAUUUCAGUGAUAUGUGUUAAAUUUGUUAAAUAUCAAAAAGUGACGCCAUCUUACAGGGCAUGGGCUAAACUUUGUGGCGCCGUCGGUCGAAACGAUGCCACCAUACCAUUGGCCUCUGAUUUAUUAAAUUUGGACAACUUUGUUUUAGAAACCCUCACCACCAUUUUCAACAUAUCUUUUAGCGAAAGAACAGGGACCCAGGCUAGCCUACCCAUUAGGUUGGGCGGUCUGGGCAACCGCAAAAUUUCCAGCGUGGCGCUACCCGCUUUCUUGGCUUCGGUACACGGUGCUCAAA